CUGUGGCUUCUACUACAGUAUCUACCAGCUCAGUGCAUGCUCAGCGUCGACAAGAGAGAGAGACAAGAGAUCGAUCGAUCAGCCAUGGUGGGCGCGCUUGCGAGCGCUUCCACGGGGGUGAUGAACUCCGUCAUCGCGAAGCUCUCCAAGCUGCUGGAAGACGAGUACGCCAAGCUCAAGGGCGUGCAGCAGCAGAUCGCCUUCCUGCGUGACGAGCUCCGCGCCAUGAACGCCACGCUCCGCGUGCUGGCCGAUGUAGAGGAAGACCUCGACCCCCCCGUGAAGAGGUGGAGGGACAAGGUCCGUGAGCUCACAUUCGACAUCGACGACUGCAUCGACUCGUUUGAGGUCCGUGUAAUAAGCCAUCAGCAGGAGAGAGGCGAGGGCCUCAUCAAGGGGAUCAUUCGCAAGCUGAAGAAGCUGAGAGCUCGCCAUGAGAUUGCCAACCAGAUCGAGGCACUCAAGGCCCAUGUCGUCGAGGAGAGCAAGCGACACAAGAGGUAUGAUCUUCUCAAGCCAUGGUCCAGCAGCUCUGCCACUUUUACUAUCGACCCUCGACUGCCGGCGCUCUACGAGGAAGUAGAUAAGCUUGUUGGCAUCAAAGGGCCUAGGGAGCACAUCAUUGAAUGGUUGACCAACAAGAGGAGUGAUAGAUCAAGAGAAGAUCUUAAAGUCGUGUCCAUUGUGGGUUGUGGCGGUCUUGGCAAGACUACUCUGGCUAACCAGGUGUUCAAGGAAAUCAGACACCAAUUUGAUUGUUCAGCCUUUGUGUCUGUGUCCCGGAACCCUGACAUAAAGAAGAUAUUAAGAGACAUGCUGAAAGAAGUGAACAGUCUUGACAACACACAACCAUGGUCUCCUAAUGAUGAUGAGAGGCAACUAGUCAAUAAACUUAGAGAUACACUCCAAGAUAAAAGGUACUUAGUUGUAAUAGAUGAUGUAUGGGCUACAGAAGCAUGGGAAACUAUUAAACUUGCAUUGCUGAGCAACAACUGUGACAGCAGAAUAAUCACGACAACACGUAACACUGCUGUUGCAUCAAAGUGCUCUUAUCAUGGAGGCUAUGUUUAUCAUAUGGAACCUCUCAGCUUUGUCGACUCUAAAAGGUUGUUUUUUAAAAGAGCUUUUGGUUCAGAAAACCUAUACUAUCCUCAUCUGGAAGAAGUUUCUAAUGGAAUUAUAAAAAAAUGUGGUGGCCUACCAUUGGCAGUUAUAACUAUUUCUAGUUUGUUGGCUGAUCAGUAUGCAAAAGAUGAAUGGGUGAGGGUGCUAGCAGCAAUCGGUUCUGCACUUGCAAAGGAUCCUAAUGCUGGAAAUAUGAGAAGAAUAUUGUCUUUCAGUUACUAUGAUCUUCCUUACCAUGUAAGAACUUGUUUAUUGUACUUAAGUCUAUUUCCAGAAGAUCACAAGAUCAACAAACAGCGGUUGAUAAACAGAUGGAUUGCUGAAGGCCUCAUUCAUGAAGAAGAGGGAAGUGCAUAUAAAACCGGUGAGCAUUAUUUCCAUGAACUCAUCAAUAGAAGCUUGAUCCAACCAGUUGAUGUCCAAUAUGGUAAACCAGUGGCAUGUCGGGUUCAUGACAUCAUUCUUGAUUUCAUAACAUGCAAGGCAGCUGAAGAGAACUUCACCACUUUAUUAGAUACAACAGAGUUCAAACCCAUCCCAAUUGACGAACCUCGUAGAGUAUAUUUCCAGAAUAACAGAAAGGAAAACGUCAUCAUGGCAACAAACCUGAGUCUGAAAAAUGUCCGAUCACUUACUAUAUUUGGUUACUUUGUGAAAACUCCAUCAUUGUUGGAUUUCAAAGUUCUACGUGUGCUAGAUUUAAAAGAUUGUAGAAAGUUACAAAACCAUCAUCUUACUGGUAUAGAAAUGUUGCUUCAUCUGAAAUAUUUGAGUCUCGGAUCAAGGUAUAUAACUGAGCUCCCAAAAAAACUCGGAGAAUUACGAUAUUUGGAAACACUGGACAUAAGAGAGACUAUGAUAAAAUCCCUUCCAUCAGCAAUUACAACAUUCCAGAGGUUAGUUCGUCUACUUAUCAAUCAUGACACUACAUUUCCAGAUGGAAUUGGAAGGAUGCAAAGCUUGGAAGAGUUACAAACUUUUGACAUUUUUACAUACUCAUCAAGAAAUUCUUUACAAGAAUUCGGCCAGCUUACAAAACUAAGAAAGUUGAGGGUGACAUGGAACCUUGAUAACUCAUUAGAAGAUCAUAGAACAACCAUAGAAGGUUCAAUGAAACAUUUAUUAUCUCUAUGUGACCUACAUUAUCUCCUUAUCUGGAAUGAUUGUCCUGGCCUCUCACUGGAUUCAUGGUGCCCUGUUACUCUCAGUAGCCUCCGGGAGUUCCAGAUCGAAUACGGUAGCAUAGCUAAUGUUCCGAAAUGGAUGAACAUGCUUGCAUGUCUCACAGAAUUAGAUCUCACUCUGUGCAGCACAAAACAGGAAGAUAUUGAUAUCCUUGGGGAGAUACCUGCCCUGCUUGUUCUCAGGCUCACUACUUCUCAUGGCACCAAUGGAAGGAUCUUCAUCAGCAGCUACAAUGCUUUCCGAUGCUUGAAAUACUUCUUUCUUCACAUAAAUAUGUGUGGAACAUUAUUGGAAUUUGAAGAAGGAUCUAUGCCAAAGCUCCAACACCUUAUGAUCAAGUUCAAUGCACAUAGAUGGAAGUGUCUGAAUGGUGCUUCUGAUUUAGGCAUCCGACAUCUCUCCAACCUCACCAUGGCUGAGGUCAUUAUUGGUACAGAUUAUAGUCAUGGAUGCUAUAACCCAGAGGAAGAGUUAAUGAAAAGCAGCACCAAUUUUGCUGCUAGUUUGAUCCAGUCUGCAGUUGAGACACUUCCCAACCGUCCUGUUCUCCGUUUUCAGUUACAGCGUGAAGCAUGCAUACAGUUUGAAGAGAGGAGUGUGAAUUAUGAAAUAGAGGUCAAUCUAGGCGAAGUAAGAGAUGUUGGCAAGGUGGAUCAAGGUGAAACAAGAGUUGGAUCAACUAAAGAGCCACUUUACACGAUAUUUGAGGGACGGGAGGGGAAGGGCUCUCCGUGCCAGGGUGGUCAAGACAGCGUUAAGCAAUUAUCCGAAGGAGAUUAAUAUAGGCUUGGGCGGGUCCAGAAAAUGUAUUAGAGGGGGCUAAAUAUAAUAGGAUAGUAACAUAUUAAAAGACACCAAGCUUUCCAUGACCAAUAAACAUGAAGGGAGGCUAGGGGGACUCCACUGGUCCAGACGUUCGAUCCACCCCUUGGAUGAAGGAAGACCUAUUGUUGAAUCUUCCUUUCACCACUGUCUUUGGGUACCUUCAGGUUUUGCACAUUAUUCCUGCAGAAACAUGUUAUCAUAUACAAACAAUCUUGAAAACAGAGGGCUCAGUCAGUCUACUGUUUGAUGGUGAAUUUUGUUGAAUUUAUGUUUUUUUUUAAGAAGGGUGUUUCGUUGAAUUCUGAGGAAUGGUUGAUGCUAAGUGUACAGGUUGCAGCUAUCCAGCUAGAGAAUGAUGACCACAGGACUCCUUGGUAUUUGAGUUAAACUCAUCAAUGAGGUAAAAUAGGAUCUAAAUGAAACCAACAACAAUUAGUCUAUAUAGGGGUGAAAACGGAUCGGAUUCGGACGGAUAAUAGCUAUACCAUAUCUUAAACCAUUUUUUUUAAGCGGAUGUGGAUGACGUGCGGAUGCGGAUGCGGAGCGGAUUAUUUCGGACGUCGGAUUCGGUGCGGAGUCGGUACGGGGUUCGAAAAUGGAUAAAAAGUUGUCGGAUGUCAAGUUUGUAUUCAAUCCAUACAACAAGAGGGCGGCAAUACAAUUAGCCCUAAUACAAUGGCAAAACAUCAUUAGUUCACUACGUUCAUUUCAAUAGUAUAACUAUAAGUGUUCACUGUUCAGUUCAAUAGUUCACUAGUCAAAAUAAUCCAAGAUGCAUCCAUGAUCCAUCAAAAACAUAAUAUAAAUGUUCAGUUCAAUAGUUCACUGGUCACUGCGUUGCUUAGAAUGUAAAAAUAAAAGUCAUCACUCAUCCGCAUGAGGCAAGCCAUACAAGCAUACAACACAGAGCAGUAGAG